UCCUCCUCUCUCUCACUACUUCAUGGGGUGAGCACAGAUCACUUCAGGCAGGAUCGAAGGAGUAAGCGGACGCUUCUGGAGUGCAUACUGACAAGUUAUCGCCGUUUCAGAGGCGGGGAUGUGUCUCCCUUUUGACUUUAAACGCUUUGCACCACAGCCGGUGGCUUUGAGGAGGCGCGCAUGAGAAUUGUGCAGCAGCAGAAGCAGCGCCAAACUCACAAUGCGCCCUCAGUGAACACACGCAGGGAGACAAUACGGAGCGGCGGGCUCAGCAAGCGAGAAGACACAUUUUCUCAUCUGGAUUCCCCCUCUUUUUUUUAUUUUUUUUACCCCAUUCCUUCUCACCUAGCCGCGACGCGGAUCUUCUCCCCCAGUCCCCCCAUCAAGCUUGUUUUUAUUGCCCAAUUAGGACCAAAUUGACUUUACAGCGUGGACAAGUGGUUUGCUCUCCAAACUCCAGCCAUGACGUCUCCGGCCAAAUUCCGAAAGGACAAGGAGAUCGUGGCCGAAUAUGAAACUCAAGUUAAAGAAAUUCGCGCCCAGCUGGUGGAGCAGCUGAAAUGUCUGGACCAGCAGUGUGAGCUGCGGGUGCAGCUGCUCCAGGACCUGCAGGAUUUCUUCAGGAAAAAGGCGGAGAUUGAGAUGGACUACAGCCGCAACAUGGAAAAGCUGGCCGAACGCUUCCUCACCAAGACACGCAGCACUAAGGACCAUCUGCUGAAGAAAGAGCAGAGCAUCUUAUCUCCAGUGAACUGCUGGAAUUUGUUGCUGCUUCAGGUGAAGAGGGAGAGUCGUGACCACGCCACUCUGUCGGACCUCUACCUCAACAACAUCAUUCCACGCUUCGCACAGAUCAGCGAGGACUCAGGACGGCUCUUCAAGAAGAGCAAAGAGGUCGGGGUACAGCUGCAAGAAGACUUGAUGAAGGUUCUCAACGAGCUUUAUUCGGUGAUGAAGACUUACCACAUGUACAACACAGACAGCAUGAACGCAGAGUCCAAGCUAAAAGACGCCGAGAAGCAAGAGGAGAAACAGAUGGGGCGUUCCGGUCGCCAGGACGACCGCCAGACCCCACGCUCGCCAGACACCCUUGCUAGCAUAAAAGCUGACGACAAACCCAUCCGCCGUUCUAGUGUCAAAAAAAUCGAAAAGAUGAAGGAGAAGAGACAAGCCAAGUACACGGAGAACAAGCUGAAGGCCAUCAAAGCCAGGAAUGAGUACCUACUUGCUCUGGAGGCCACCAACGGCUGUGUCUUCAAGUAUUACAUCCAUGACCUCUCUGACAUCAUCGACUGCUGCGACCUGGGCUACCAUGCCAGCCUCCACCGUGCCUUGAGAACCUACUUGUCAGCAGAACAGAACGUCGAGGUGUCCAAACACACUGGUCUGGAGACUCUGGAGGGCGCCGCUGAAAGUCUAGAGCCCAACGGAGACAAACAGAAGCUGAUGGAGACCUACAACAAUGUCUUCUGCCCUCCGGCUCGCUUUGACUUCCAGUCGCACAUGGGAGACAUGAUGGGCGUCAUGUGUGCACAGCAGCCAUUGGAAGGGGAGCUUCUCCAGAGGUGUCAACAGCUUCAAUCCCGACUAUCCACACUCAAGAUAGAGAACGAAGAGGUGAAGAAGACUAUGGAAGCCACUCUGUCCACCAUCCAGGACAUGGUGACGGUGGAGGACUACGACGUGUCCGAUUGCUUCCACCACAGCAACAGCAUGGAGUCUGUCAAGUCGACGUUCAGUGAAUCCUAUCUCAGCAAGCCCAGCCUUGCCAAGAGACGGGCCAACCAACAGGAGACGGAACAGUUCUACUAUACGAAGCUGAAGGAGUUUCUUGAAGGCAGGAACCUGAUCACCAAGCUCGAGGCCAAACAUGACCUCAUCCAGAAGACCUUAGGCGAGAGUCAGAAGACCGACUGUUGCCUUGCCAGUGGACGGAGAAACUCUGCAGUACGGAAACAGGAUGCAGGUGAAGCCAUUCCCCUCAUGGUUGAGAGCUGCAUCCGUUUCAUCAGUCGCCAUGGUCUGCAGCACGAGGGCAUUUUCCGAGUAUCCGGCUCCCAGGUGGAGGUCAAUGAUAUCAAGAAUGCAUUUGAGCGAGGCGAAGACCCUCUAGCAGGAGACCAAAACGACCAUGACAUGGACUCAAUUGCUAGCGUCCUCAAACUCUACUUCAGAGGACUGGAUCAUGCCCUUUUUCCAAAGGAAGUGUUCCAUGACCUCAUUUCCUGCGUCUCAAUGGAGAGCCUUCAGGAGCGCGCUGUCCACGUUAAGAAAGUGCUGCAAUCUUUGCCGAGUGAAACACUCAUCAUCAUGAGAUACCUGUUUGCCUUCCUCAAUCAUUUGUCCCAGUACAGUGAGGAAAACAUGAUGGACCCUUACAACCUUGCCAUCUGCUUUGGCCCCACCCUGAUGUCUGUCCCGGAAGGUCACGACCAGGUCUCCUGCCAGGCCCACGUCAAUGAACUCAUUAAAACUAUCAUCAUCCACCAUGACAGCAUCUUCCCGAAACCGCAAGACCUGCAGGGCCCCAUCUACAUCAUCCCCGGAGCUGGUGACGACUUCUGUGACAGUCCGCACUGUGAGCCCCCACUUGUGCAAGAGCCGGCGCCCGACAAUGUGUCCGUUGGUCACAACAGCGAAGAUGGCACCUUGGCUGUUUCAGAGUCCGACCCAGUUGAAGCCAUUGCUCGUUUCGACUAUUCCGGCCGGACCGGUCGCGAGCUGUCGUUCAAGAAGGGCGCGUCAUUGCUUCUGUAUCAGCGAGCGUCCGAUGACUGGUGGGAGGGACGACACAACGGAGUGGAUGGAUUGGUGCCACAUCAGUAUAUUGUGGUCCAAGACAUGACUGAUGGCGGCCGUGGAAGCCCAAAAUCGGAUGCGGACACCAGGGACCAACUGGAGGAAAGGGUUUCCACUAGAGGCAGCGCUGCAUCUCCUACUGGUGCCCAUGUGGCUGAUAUCUACCUGGCCAACCUCAACAAGAUGAGGAAACGUCCCGAGUCCGGGAGCAUCAGAAGAACAUUUCGGAGCUCAGACAGCGAUAGUCCAGGGGCCAGUGGAGGUGGUGUGGGAGGGGUCAGGACCGCAUCACUUCCUGUAGGCGGUGCUCUGGUGAAGGAGUCUGUGGAGAAACGGCCAGUUAGUGCUCACAGCAUCCUCAAUUCUAUCACACGCCAUUCCUCACUGAAGAGCAAGGUGGAAAGCCCUCAACUGCGCAAGUCAACUCCGGCAGGACGCUCCAAGAGCUUCAGCAACCAUAGACCUCUGGAACCUGAGGUCAUAGCUCAGGUGGAUCACAGCUCACAGGACAUCGAGGCAGCCAUGAGUUGCGCUCUGAAUGAGCUGAGGGAGUUGGAGCGACAGAGUAGCUCCAAACACACUCCCGAUGUGGUUCUCGACACACUGGAGCAGCUGAAAGGUGUGAGCGGUGGCGCAGGAGGGGCGUCGGAACCCUCCAGCCCGCUCCACUCCCGCCUGUUGCGGGACAGCGAGGGAGGCUCCUCACACGCCCACCCACUCCAGCGUAGCGCCUCCUCGGCCAGCGACGUGCCCUCCUCCUUCCGAGCUACCAAAAGCCAACCGAGGACCCCCCUUCCCUCCGCCACGUCGCCUUCCCUGUCUUCUUCCUCCCUCUCCUCGUCGGUUCCUUCCUUUAGAGAGCUGCGCCCGCCGGCGACGAGGCCCAAGCCGGUGGUGUUCCCGAAAAGCGGCGGGGGGAGUGGCAGUCCCGCCAUGGGUUCCCCGACAUCCACCGUGCCACCUACACCGCCGCCACCGGGGCACUCACAUUCCCUUCCUCAUGCGCCUCCUCCACCUCCUUCAUCCCAAUCUAAUGAUAAAUCCUGCCCGGCUUAGCACCUCUUUGCUCCAAUUGGAAUCUGAUCCUAACGCUUAAACCAGCAGGUCGGAAGCACUUAGUUUGUUAUACAUACAGUAGAUACUUGCUAACCCACAACACACUGUAGCAUUAAGACAACACAAUCCAUUUUCCAGCGGCACAUGGUUGCAUGACAGACAUCUUGUCAAUGAUCGCAGCACGGAGAGGAUUUUCAAAUCUUUUAAAAGGGAACAGGUCAAACGUGCUCACAUGAGGAAGAGAAAGCACUGUGUUGCUUUUUUUCUUGAAUACUUUUUAAGACCCCGUAACGAUCAGAAGGAAUUGUUUGAUUCCUAAGACGAGACUGUGAAAAGUUUUAAGCGCUCUUGAAAUGAAACACUGUCUUGCUGCUUCACACGUGGAAGACUGGAGAUGAACUUCUGUAUUUAAAGACUGGGCCAAAUAUCAGCACGAGCGCUAUAUUAGUCUAAUAAAAUGUAGCCUAAAGAAAUACAAAUUUAGGGGUGGGGAACUGCAAAUAACAAAUAAAUGAAUUCCCAGUAAAACUUGUAUAAAAAUGCCAGAAACGUUGAAACCAUAAAUAUCCAGUAUAUAAUAAUAAACAUUUGCUUGACUGCAUUAUUUUUUUCAUGAAUUUAAUACGGCUGUCAGAGACGGCCACUGUUAAUAAAAUGGUUCCUCAGCCCUAAAUAAAGCAAUAAGAAUAAUGAAACGCUGGUAGUUUGAGGCAUUAUGCUGCUUUUCUCCUGCAGCUCAUCUUCUAUGUGUAGGGGACCACUGAAAGCCAGCAUUUUUUUUUGUCUUCUUUGUAAUGUUGGACUGUAUACACACUUCUCCACAGAUGUGUGUGUGGUGUUUUGUGGCAGCUAAACACCUUUCAGGUUGCAUGCUGUGGCCAUUUGACAGCAGCUUACGACUCGAUGGCUGACAUCGUUUUAUGUAUCUGUGUAAUGCCAGCGAGAUAACUUAAAAAAAAAAAAAAUAGACAGCGUGCUCAUAUAAUUAUACUUCCCACAGCAGAGAAAAAAAAAAAGUUGAAUUCUUCUAAUGUUUAUGUAUGUUAAUCAAUAGGGCAACUGGAACCUUGGUGCUGAGGGCUUUUGUGUUUUGAGCACAACCAACACUUCAUCCAAUUUCUUGUUAGGCACCGUUUUGUUGUGACUUCUUCAUUUUUACAGUUUUAUGGUCAAAUGUGGAGCCUUGUUGCUGUCUGGUUGUGUGCUUGUGUGUGCCGCGAUGAGAGCAUGAUGAGUCCAUUACAAGAGGAUGGCCAAGGCAAAUAUUUUUUGUCACCCGUGUUUUAGAAUUUUGCAAUAGUGCCACAAAAUCUUUACCUAAACAAUCACAGAAUUUAUAAAGGUGGCCAAAGAACCCGUUUGUUAUUACAGGGAGUAGCACCAAAUAAAUGUAUCUUUCCACAAGUAUGUAAAUUAGAUGAGGAUAUGAAUUCAUAAAAGGGUAAAAAUAUUUUUCUGCAUAUCAGACACUGCAUCACGCUCUCCCAUGCAUUGAAUUACACUUUUUUUUUUGUUUUCUAUAACUAUCAUGAUCGUGUAUUACUGUGUAUUUUUGUUGCGCUUACCUCAUCGAAACAACUGGAGGGAAUGUGAGUGCAUGCUUGUGAACACACACAAAUAUGGGUGUGGGUGGUUGGUGCAUUUGUCUGGUCUCGAAUUAGUCAUGCACUUGAACAAAGUUGGCUUUGCGUGUGGACUAAUUGUGUGCAGUUGACUUACCAGAUUAUGCAUUUGUGUCCAUUUGGAAAGAGACUGUAAUUUCAAAUUUAUUUAUAGUCGUCUUUGUAUUACUGGAGAAUCCUGUGUUCAGAUGUACUUUGUAUAUACAAUGUUGUACAUUACAGAGGUACACUCUUGUUUUUUGGUACAAUAUUGUACAGUAAUAUCAAUGGUGGUUUAAUCAAAUAGGCCUUAUAUAAUUCUGUGUAGUUAUUGUUGUAGAACUUUUUUUUUUUAAAUAAACAUUGCUUGCUAUGAA